GGAGAAUAUCUCUCUUUUUUUUUUCUUUUUUCAUAUGGGGUUGCUUUCUUGAUUUUAAAAUGAAAGCUUUUCUUUACAUUAAAAAAUCCGAAAUAAUUGAUACUAGAAUUCGAAGAAAUAUCAAAUCUUGAUGGAUUUCUUGAUCAAGAAGGGUCUUUGAUGAUCAAGAAUUGGAAGAAAGAAUGAAUCAACCUAUCAUGUCGAAGACACCUUCCUCUAACGGGCCGGAGCAUCCCGUAAAGCGUAAACGAGGGCGUCCACGGAAGGAUGAGAGCAUGCCAAGAAACGAAAAGAGGCAAACACAAACAUCCAUAAUAUCAUCAUCAUCGUCACAACCACCAAGUAUCGCUACCAAUGUCAUCCAACCACAGCCAACAAUCACCAUGAACCAUGUUGGUGACAACCAUAACAUGGUAGGACAAGUGGUGACGGGUGUGAUAGAUGGUCUCUUUGAUGCAGGAUAUCUUAUUUCUGUCCGUGUAGGACCUAACAACACCCUCCUAAGGGGUCUUGUGUUCCAACAAGGGCAUUUUUGUCAUAUCACACCAGCCAAUGACGUUGCUCCAAACCUAAAUAUGUGUAGAAGAGAAAAUUUUCAAAUUCCCAUCUCAAAUCCAACUCAAUUAUGUGCAAAACAACCACCACAACUAGCAAUGCCAGUUACAAUGCAAAAUUACCAAACUAACCCUAUGAUGCCACCAGAGAAUUUGAGGAUGGUGGGACAAGAUGAGCUUAUGCAAGUUUUUGAGGUGUCUAAGAUGGUUGGAGAACCACCAAAGAAUGAUGGUGGGUUGAAAAAUGAUCAAUUGUUAUCUGAUAAUUGUGAUCUAAUGGCUCAGAGUUUUCAUAAAAACAAUGACAUCGCGAAUCACACAAGUCUGCCUUGCGGUGCACGUAUUGUCCAAGAUUUUGAUCAUGAAUAUGUAGAUGAUGAAGCUAAUAAGCAAAAGCAUGUGGUAGAGACCGGAAUGCAAGAGGCAACAUCAUUUGAAAUAGAUGAAAGUAAAAAACAAGAAGGUGAAGUGAGCAAGAUUGAUGUUAAUCAAGUUCCAAAUCAAGGGGUUGCAACUGAUCUCUUUCAAACAGAUUAUGAGAAACAACUAUAGGUAACAAUAUCAUUGUAUGUGUCUAUAUUUUGUAACAUUUCAUCUACAAUACAAAUAAGGGAUGAGAAAAUAUAUCUUAUUUCAUUUUUUUAAACUUUGGGUUUCAGGGUUUUUAUAUAAAAACUUCUGAUGCUUGUAUAAAUUAGAUAUCAUACAGUGAAAUGCUAAAAUCAUUUA